GCAGCUUUCUUCAUUGGCUGAAAAGCCCCGGGAGCCGCGCUCCCAUUGGCCGGCGUCGUUAGGUGUAUGCGAGAGCCUGUGUCCUCAGCUUGCCUUCCCCGCCCCCUAGUGGUUGUGUGCGUGCGCUGCACGCCGGAGCCGGCCCUCCCAUGCAACAUGACAUCCCCAAUGCAAAGAGGGCGAGCUUGUUAUUGCUGAUGAGCAGCCCAGGCUCAGGCAGGCGGCACCAGGACCUGCUGCUGCUGCUGCCAGCACCGCUCCAUCCUUUGUUACAGUGUACCAGCCGUGCAACAUGCUGACCGUCAGCGCUGUAGACAAGCCGCAGCCACCUACCGCUGUUGACUUCAUGGACAUCUGUGAGUCCAUAUUGGAAAGGAAGAGACAUGACAGCGAGAGGUCAUCAUGCAGCACUUUGGAGCAUAAUGACUUUGAAGCUGUUGAGGCUCUGGUCUGUAUGAGUUCCUGGGGUCAACGAAGCCAGAAAGGCGACAUGCUGAAGAUGCGGCCGUUGACUCCAGCCUCUGACUCCUCUGAUUUCAUCAUGCAGUGUGAAUCGUCCCCAUCCAUGUCCAGGGAUUUCCACUCUUUAUCCACCCUGUGCAUGACCCCUCCACACAGUCCAGAAUUUGCUGAACCAUGCACUACACUUCCCCCUAUCUCCCAAGUGACCUAUUCCAAACAGGUGACAGUGAUGUCUAGCAAUUCCCAUUGUUUGGUGUCCUCUUCAGCUUUGUCCAAGACGUUUGCUUUGCGGAUCCACAGCCAGCAGUCCUCUCAAGAGUCAGAGGUUUCAUCCAAGCCUCAGUCUUGCAGAGCAAUGGUCACAAGCGUCAUACGUCACACGGCCGACACCUCUGCCUUUCAUCACGUUCACCAGCCUCUUGUGAGAGUAAAUGUACCAGCUGUUAAAGACUUGUCCCAUAAGAGGUGUGAAAUUAAACAUAAGCCCACCAAAGAGACAGAUACCCAUGAGGACGGGUCACAAAGUUCCUCACCAUUGCACCUUCCAUUACAGACUGAUAAACCCUGUCCAAAUACAGAAACGGGCAUCCAGCAACUAAAUGCUCAGAGAGACGAGCCAGGGAAAUGUCAAAAGGAACAUUUAGUUGAGACAAACACUUUGGCUUCUGUCCCCGUUUCGAGCCCCCCUGUCCUUUGCCAGAUGAUUCCAGUCGCUGCACAAGCUGGUGUUCUCUCCGCAUUCAUCAAGCCUUCUCCACAACCAGUGUGCAAUACAGUCAAGCCGAUCCUACCCCAGACCACCCCGCUUUCCCAGCCAGUCCUGAUGGGCACACCUAUGUCUCAGGGGACCGUUAUGUUCGUCCUUCCUCAGGCACACGUUGCACAGCCACCUCCACAAUGUCCUCAUACUCUAAUGACAGUCGGGAGCACAAAGUUACUUCCUCUCGCCCCAGCCCCUGUCUUUAUAACUUCAGGCCAAUGCAGCUCUCCACAAGUGGACUUCUCCCGGAGACGCAACUACGUGUGCAGUUUCACUGGCUGUAAAAAGACUUACUUUAAAAGUUCACAUCUCAAAGCACACCUUCGAACCCACACAGGCGAAAAACCUUUCAGCUGUAAUUGGGAAGGAUGUGAUAAAAAAUUUGCCAGAUCCGAUGAACUUUCUCGGCACCGUCGAACACACACAGGGGAAAAGAAGUUUGCCUGCCCCGUGUGUGAUCGCCGGUUCAUGCGCAGCGAUCACCUGACCAAACACGCCCGCCGACACAUGACCACCAAAAAGGUGCCCACCUGGCAGACAGAGGUUGGAAAAUUAAACCGAGUAACCACGUCAGAUCAGUCAAGAAGCGCGGCGCCUCCACUAGGCAUGCUGGUCUCCAUGUCUACGCCGGUGUAAGAGGGACUAAAACAAAAAGUGAAAUUCCUCCUUUUUACCUUUUAAGCACCAGAGACUCGACGCUCACUUCUUACUUUUGGUUGAUUUUACCUUAUCCGAUCCCCUUGUCAUUUUUCCGUUGACGUAUAUUCACUUUCUAUGUGAGGCAAGUUUUAAUGAAUCUUUGUUACCAUCCUUUUACAUAGGAAAAUAAAUCCUAUUAUUGUGGCAAUAAGCAUGUGAUACAUUAUGUGUAUGAUUCCAAGCAGACCACAAUCCUGCAAUUAUUAUUUUUUUGCAUUUUUUUUGUUAAGUUUUUUUUUGGGAGGGGGGGGGGGGGGGGCUGUGCUUGGUUUGCCUUCUAGGAUGUACACAUUUGCAGUCAGUGAGGUUG